AUGCAGGCCAUAACAUAUCAUAGUACAAUCCCACCAAAACUUCCACAGUCGGCAAAGUUACCUUCGCGGGGAAAGUACAACAUUUCAAUACCUAGUAAUGUUCCACGAGCCAUAUCAAUCACUGCACCACCACCACCAACUCGUGAAGUUCCAAUCCUAGAUGUAGAUGACACUGUGACUGCCUUUUGGGACUACCAAUUUCUUUUUGUCUCACAACGUGCAGAAGCUGCUGAACCGAUCAAUCUCCGAUUAGUAGAGGGCGAAAUACCGCGUGAUUUUCCAUCAGGAACGUAUUAUCUCACCGGACCGGGACUAUUCUCCGAUGAUCAUGGCUCGACUGUGCACCCUCUAGAUGGUCAUGGCUAUCUAAGAGCAUUCACCAUUGAUGGAUCAAAAGGGCAAGUCAAGUUCAUGGCUAGGUACAUUCAGACCGAGGCGCAAUCCGAGGAACGUGAUCCGAUGACCGGAAAGUGGCGGUUCACUCACCGGGGACCGUUUUCGGUGUUGAAAGGUGGGAAAAUGGUUGGGAAUACUAAGGUCAUGAAAAAUGUUGCAAAUACUAGUGUGUUACGAUGGGGUGGUAGGUUGUUUUGUUUGUGGGAAGGUGGUGACCCUUAUGAAAUUGAAUCUAGGACGUUGGAUACUGUCGGAGAGUUCGAUGUUGUUAAGGAUGAUCAGAAAAAAAAUUCCGUCGACAAGGGGUUUAAGGUUGUUGAUGUUUGGGAUGUUGCUGCAGAAAUAUUAAAGCCAAUAUUAUAUGGAGUAUUCAAUAUGCCCCCCAAGAGAUUUUUGUCCCAUUACAAGAUUGAUGCCCGAAGAGGAAGACUUUUGAUAAUUUCGUGUAAUGCAGAAGACAUGUUACUCCCUCGUAGUAAUUUUACAUUUUACGAGUUUGAUUCAAAUUUUAAGUUGCUGCAAAGCCAAGAAUUCAUCAUCCCGGAUCACCUAAUGAUCCAUGAUUGGGCCUUCACCGAUUCUCAUUACAUAUUGUUUGGUAACCGUAUUAAGCUAGACAUUGCAGGAUCAAUAGCAGCAGUAUGCGGUUUAUCUCCGAUGAUAUCUGCAUUAAAAGUAAAUCCAAGCAAGCCCACAUCUCCUAUAUAUUUGCUUCCCAGAUCCAAAACUGAAGAAAUGAGAGAUUGGAGAAUUCCCAUUGAAGCUCCUUCUCAGUUAUGGGUACUCCAUGUGGGAAAUGCUUUUGAAGAAAAACUUAAGAAUGGAAAUGUUGAGAUUCAAAUUCAAGCCAGUGGUUGCUCUUAUCAAUGGUUCAAUUUCCAGAAAAUGUUUGGAUAUGAUUGGCGAAGCGGAAAGUUAGAUCCUUCUACGAUGAAUCCUAAACAAGGGCAAGAAAAGUUCUUACCACACCUAAUUGAGGUGUCUAUAAGUUUGGAGCAAAAUGGGGAUUGCCAGAAGUGUUGUAUAAAUGAUCUGAAUCAAUGGAAUAAAGCAACAGAUUUCCCUGUGAUCAAUCAAGAUUUCUGUGGUGGAAAAAAUACAUAUAUUUAUGCAGCAACUACUUCUGGUUUGCGCCAAGCUUUGCCAAAUUUUCCAUUUGAUACAGUAGUAAAGCUCAACACCAUAGACAAGUCCUUGCACGGUACUUGGUCUACUCGUAGACGAAGAUUCAUCGGUGAGCCCGUUUUUAUCUCAAAAGGCAGAGAAGAAGACGAUGGCUAUCUUCUCGUAGUGGAGUAUGCAGUUUCAACCCAAAGGUGCUAUUUGGUUAUUCUGGAUUCCAAACUUAUAGGAGAGAAGAAUGCACUUGUUGCAAGAUUUGAAGUUCCAAGACAUUUGAAUUUUCCUCUUGGCUUUCACGGAUUUUGGGCUCCUAGAUAA